CCCCCAGGUACCAGGCGGUGAUGAAGCCCGUCGAUGACGUCACGGAAGUGGUCAUGCUCCAUCACGACGUGGGCCUGGCGCGGACUAGCAGCGACAUGCGGCUGCGCGUCGGCGAGCACUGGCUGCGCUCCGUGUCCACGCCCUUCGCCGCCAUCGGCCGAUAUGACGUCGGUGAGCUCAAAGGACGGGAAGUUGAAGUGCUCGGAUUCGGCACGACGGACGAGAAGCCGACAGCGCGGCAGCUGCACCGGGUGCAGCUGGUGCUGCAAGACUGCGACCGCGAGGACUGGCUGUACUGCGCGUGCGCGAUCGGCGCGGAACGCGGCGUGUGCGCUGGGGACUCCGGCGGGCCCGUACUCUAUAACGGCACGCAGAUCGGCUUGACCUCCCUCGGCCCCACAUCCUGCGGCGGCCUCACCGCCAACCCCCUGCUGUUCCGCUCCGUGUUCACCGUCCUCCAACCAUACACUGACGUCAUCAACGCUACGCUAGACGCCACGCCGGGCGCGCUGCGCAUGCGCGAAGUGUUGCGAUCAGAGGCCAGGCGUGUGGCCAUCAGCGUGGUGCUCUUGUAUGCAAGGCGCGGCGACAGCGGGCGCGGCAGCGGGCGCGGGCGCGGGCGCGGGCGCGGGGCGUGCCAUGCCGCGAUGAGCGGCGACGGCCGCAACGGCACCAACGGCACGCUCGAGUGCGACUCGGACGCCGACGUGUCCGAGUCCGACAAACUGAUCCGAUUCGUCGUGCACGGCGUGCUGCUGAAUGUGGUGGGCUGUGGGGGGCUGCUGGGCAAUGCGCUGUGUGUGGCCGUCCUCAGCCGGCCGCAGAUGCGCUCAUCGAUAAACUGCCUGCUGGCCGGGCUCGCGGCCGCCGACGCGGCCCUCCUGGUGGCCAGCGUGCUGCUGUUCGGGCUGUCGGCCGUGUUCCCGUACACGGGCCGCCUGCGCUACUACUACUACCACAUCUGCCCGCGCCUGGCGCCGCUGGCGUACCCGCUGGCGCUCGUGGCGCAGACCAUGUCGGUGUACCUGACGCUGGUGGUGACGGCGGAGCGGUGGGUGGCGGUGUGCCGGCCGCUGCGCGCGCGCGCACUCUGCACGCCGCGCCGCGCCCGCUUCGCUGUCGUCGGAGUCGCUAUAUUCGCGUUUGCUUAUAACGCGCCCAAGUUUCUUGAGGUGGAGGUGGUCCGCAUCCCGGCGCUGGGCGAGGGCGCGGACAACGAGGAGGACGCCAUCUACUGCGUGGCCGCGGCCGAGUUCCGAAGCGAGCUCUAUGUGGCGGUCUACGUGCACUGGCUGUACCUGCUCGUCAUGUACGCCGUGCCCUUCAUUGCGCUCGCCGUGCUCAACGCGGCCAUCGUGCGGCAGGUGCGUCGCGCGCAAGCGGAGCGAGCGCGGCUGUCUCGCUCGCAGCGACGCGAGCUAUCGCUCGCCACCAUGCUGCUGGUCGUCGUGCUGGUUUUCUUCCUCUGUAACCUGCUGCCACUCGUCACCAACUCCUUCGAGGUGUUCCUGGGCUCUGAAUUGGAGCGGCUGGACGCGCUGGUGAAGAUGUCGAACCUGCUCGUGACCAUCAACUCCUCGGCCAACUUCCUCAUCUACGUGCUCUUCGGUGACAAGUUCAAGCGCGUCUUCCUAGCCACGUUCUGUCGGCCGGCGCUGGCCUGGCUGCCGUGCAUCCGCCGGCGCGAGGAGUCGCCCGAGCACACUAGAGACGAUUCCUGCGCGUCGGGCCCCGAGAGGCUAAGUCUCCGGGUGUCUCUGGCCAGGGACACGACGCUGCGCCGGUCCGUGCCCCGCCGGCAGCGCCCGCGGCGCCUGGAGCCGGCGCCGACCGUGUACUACCCGGCCACGCCCUCCUCGUCGAUAACGACUCUCCCCAACGACUUGCCGCAUAACGGUCACGCGCGCGACCACUUCUAGACUGUGCUCAAAUGUGAGAGACGGCGCUUUGACGCUGGGACUCUUUAGUAAUGUUAUCUGUGAUUCGCUGUACGCGUUAUAGAACGAGAGUGUCUCGGUUAAAUAAACGUUCAUCGAUGUAUUUGUGUGUCUCAUUU